AGUACUUUUAUUGUGAAAUUUCAAACCGGAAGUAUUAGCGGCGGCGCUUUGGCUCGGCUCACGCAGUUCCGUUCUUUGCAGCCCCGAAGCUAGGCUAUGUAAGAGGAUGCCGUCGAUGGAAUACGACGAGUGAGUUUUAUUAUGAGUUUUAAAGCAAUUUAUAUGUUCUGUUGGCAUUUUAUUUAUCUGAUAUUGCAUAUCUUUCCAGCUCCAAGCCCAGCUGGGCAGACCAGGUCGAGGAAGAAGGAGAUGAAGGUAAAGAGUUUGUCAGUUAGCUUCUGUCACAGGAGGAGGCCGUUUAGGCGGCUUUCACUUCCACGUGGUUCCUCAUCUUAUAAAAUGUAUCCACUAUUUGUGUAAAUUAUAACUUUUUAUAUAGGGGCACGAGUCAAAGACCUUUGUGACUGUCAUUAAACAUCGAUGAAGAAGUAGAAUAUGGUGUCCACAGAUGUAACGGUCUGUUGACAGUGGCCUGUUCCCGGCUAAAGAGAACUAGCACAGGGCUAACCGGCGCAUUAAUAACCUGUGUGUUAAUGUCAAUAAAAACACGAAUGUAAUCGCUUCCUGAGAGUGUUACUUAUGUUAAAGCUGUUGUAUUAAACGGCAUUAGAUUUCCCUUAUUAUGCUAGAUGUUAUAUGUGUUUGAACCACAGAUCAGAUCUUCAUUGUUUCUGCUAACGAUAGUGUUGACAGCAUACGGAAAACCAAAUGAUAAUAAUCAUAUAAAGUCCACUGUUUCUGGCUUAUUUUUUAAUAUGUUACUUAAACCUUUUUUUUCAGGCACACUACCACCCCCGAAAGAAACCAUCAAAGGAAACAUUAAAACCAUAACGGAAUAUAAAAUCGAUGAUGAUGGGAAGAAGUUCAAGGUAAUUUAAGAUUUAUUGAAUAAUACGCUUCAUCUGUUAAAAUUCCUUACAGUUCUGUCUUUUACACAACUGCAUCACUUCUCUAGCAUAAAUUUUGUCUGUAUAGUAGACACAUAUUCGCCCAAGAUCAGACUCAAGAGUGUUGUUUUUUUUCUGGUCUAAAUUUUUACCAGUUGAAAGUUCAGAUUUGCAAUUUUACUUGACAGCACAGGACACAUUCACUCUUUACUUUGAAUUGAAUAGAUGUACUGUCGCAAUCUUAAUUAAGCAAGUGAUUCAAUGUAGAAAUCUAACUAUGGACAAUAAGUAGGUAGGUAGUAACUGAGAACUAGGGCCCGACCCAUAUGGAUUUUUGGGGGCCGAUGCCAGUACCGAUUAUUAGGGCGAUUACCGAUUAAUCGGCCGAUUUUUUUACAAUUUUUUAUGAAGUAAAAUAAAUUUAUAUGUGUGUGUGUAUAUAUAUAUAUGUGUGUGUGUGUGUGAGUAUAUGUAUAUGUAUGUGUACUGUAGAUAUCUACAGUGUAUAUAUAACCAACAAUACAAUAUACAACCAACAAGACUAUACAAGAAUAAUAGUGGAAAGCAUGUUCAUUUACUUUAUCUGAUUUGAAGAGUAUAUAUAUAUAUAUAUAUAUAUAUAUUGAAGUACUGAUAAUUGUAUAAAGAGAAUGUAUCUGUAUAAUGUACUCGAUGUAUGGUGUAAGGGGUAGGUCUUUAUAAGCAUUGCUUCUGCCUACAUCCUUUCGGUGAUAUUAUACCGAAAUAAAUAAAUCAUUCAUCCAUUCAUUCAAUUAAUUCUCACUGAUAACCACUUAGUAGCACUGACGUUGCAAAAGCAGACCUUAAUAACAGUGGAAAACAGACGUAUAACUUUGAGUUAUUCCUUAAUUUCUGUAUGUUUUGUACUAAAAAUUGUCUGUUCUGAACAUAUUUUUAUACCUUUUUCAUUAAGUGAACCAUUUAGACCUGUUCAGUGAAAGCCAUUAUUACAUUUGCUUUAUUUUUCUCUCUGCAGAUUGUGCGCACUUUCAAGAUCGAGACACGGAAAGCCUCUAAAGCUGUUGCCAGGAGAAAGGUUGGCUUUCAAAUGAAAAGAUGUCAAAGACUUUGGGUUAAGAUGGAUGUUUACAUUCUCUUCAUCUCUCCUUUCAGAACUGGAAGAAGUUUGGAAACUCUGAGUUUGAUGCACCAGGUCCUAAUGUUGCCACCACAACAGUCAGCGAUGAUGUCUUCAUGACUUUCAUCUCAAGCAAAGAGGUGAGAAUUUGUGGCAAGCUGAAAUAUUUUGUGCUACUACUGACUGAUAUAUAUUAGGCGCACAAGUUCGGUUGGACUCAUUUUCUCAUCUCAUCAUCAUUUCCUCAGGACUUAAACGCUCAGGACCAAGAUGAGGAUCCUAUGAAUAAACUCAAAGGACAAAAAAUUGUGUCUUGCCGUAUUUGCAAAGGCGACCACUGGACCACCCGCUGUCCAUACAAAGACACUCUGGGCCCAAUGCAGAAGGAGCUGGCCGAACAGCUCGGACUUUCCACUGCAGACAAGGAAAAGCCUGCUGGCUCUGGUACCAUCGGAACACCUUUCACGUUAUCAGACCCAGAGAUAUGUAUCAUGGUCCACUGUUAGAAAUAGUGGAUGGCUGUUCCUAAAUCUGUGACUGAUGUUGCCUUCCUGUCCUCUCUUUGACCAGCGGAACCAGAGCCUGUACAGCCAGCGCAGAGCAAGACUGGGAAAUAUGUGCCCCCGAGUCUGAGGGAUGGAGGCACUCGAAGAGGGGAGUCCAUGCAGCCUAACCGGAGGGGUGGGUAAAAGUUUGAGCAACGAAACCCAGUUUAAACCCAGAAAAGAAUCACUCAGUAUUAUUAACAUAUGUUUGCACAUUACAGCUGAUGACAAUGCUACCAUUCGUGUUACAAAUCUGUCUGAGGACACCCGUGAGACAGAUCUGCAGGAGCUCUUCAGACCAUUUGGCUCCAUUUCAAGGAUCUAUCUGGCCAAAGACAAGAACACUGGCCAGUCAAAGGUAAGCGUCGCCUUCAUGAAAGAAUUACAUCCAUAUAUAUGAUCUUUAUAUUUACCAAACUAAUAAUUUUUUGGAGUAAAACGAACAGUGAAACUUAUUUGAAAGACCAAGAAAAUUCAUCCAUGGACUCAUUUGUUCCUGCAGGGAUUUGCUUUCAUCAGCUUCCACCGUCGGGAGGACGCAGCCAGAGCCAUUGCUGGAGUGUCAGGAUUUGGAUAUGAUCAUCUUAUUCUCAAUGUUGAAUGGGCCAAGUAAGUGCUUGUUAGCUCUGUGAAAUAAGUGACAGCGUGCUGAUAACUGCUGGUGCUGAUAAUGUUUUCUUUUCUUUUCAGACCUUCAAACAACUGAGGAAUACACGAGAAUAAAUUCCAGGAUGCUGCCAGAUUUUAUUGUUGAAAUAAAAUAUGGUUGUUGCCUAAAUAAAGAGAAUCAGUGUUGAUACUUUUUCUUGUUCAACUUUCUAACUUUUACAACUCAUAGAGGAACUUCUCUUGUUUCUAAUAUGUCGUUUCUUGAAUGGGUAGAUUACUGUUCAAUUGAGGACUUAGUAUGUUGAGAUGACCAUCUUUGUUAAGGUUGGAUUUUGAAAAAACUCAUGUUUGGCUAAAAAAGUUCAAAUGUGGAAACUGAGGAUCCUUUGUCGGCUGUCAUGAUUGGCUUUUAGCUGCUCUUGCAAGUGUUCCAAAAUAAAACUAAUAAACCACU